AUGCAACCAGCAGCCAUAGCAGCAGUUGCGGUUAAGUUACCGGAUUUUUGGAAAUCGGAUCCUACGAUGUGGUUCGCGCAAGCAGAAGCGCAAUUUGCUCUAGCUGGUGUUACCCAGGAUGAAACAAAAUUUCAUCACAUCGUAGCAAAAAUAGAUCAAUCAGUGAUAUGUCAAGUCGCUGAUCUGAUAAGGAACCCACUAGCGGAGAACAAGUAUACUUCUAUAAAAGACCGUCUUAUCUCUCGUUUCGAGCUGACACCUCAAACGAAACUCGAGAAGCUUCUUGGAUCGUGUGACUUAGGGGAUCUCCGUCCAACGCAUUUAUUAGCCUAA